AUGCCGGCCAGAGCGCCGAUUCUCAGGUCGAUUGACGAGGAUAUUGACCCCGUCCCUGUGCCGCCUCCUUUGACGUACGCCAAUUCUGCAGCACGCGGCCGGUCGCUCACGCGUCAGUCUAUUGCUUAUAUGCCCCCUAUUCCCGAGUCGCCUGCCCAGGACAAGUAUUCUACGACGACUAGCCGGGCUCUCGUUCCACCGUCCCUGGCCAUCAUCCCACCGCAGACGGCGACCAUGUCACCCAUGCCAUUGUCUCACUCACCCACCGACGAUUUCAUCCCCAUUAUGCAUAAGCGCAUCCCAGAGAAAAUUCACACUCGCAUGCCCUCCCCGCCUCCGACACCGAUCGAUGAUGAUGAUGAUGGGUUUACACCCAUUACGCCCAUCACGCCCCGAUCUCGGGGUUUACUCGGGCGCGAUGCGCUAGGGAUCCCGGUGUUGAAAUCUAAGUUUAGUCGGUCAAAAAGUAAGAAAGUCACCGGCAGUACUGCGUUCGAUGACCUAGAACCGCUUAGCCCGUCGAAUGAUGUGGCGAGGGGAGUAGAUGGUUCGGGAUUGCCGGUUCCAGUCACACAGAGUAAGAGUACGAGACGGACAGUUUGGGGGGUGUUGGAGGGGUGGUGGGAUUUAGGGUUGUUGGAUAGAGGGAAGAGUUUGAGGAGAAAGGGUUAA